CUCCUAGAAAACUCGAGCUAGGGCUGGGGGCGGUGGUUCCCGCCUGUAAUCCAGCACUUUGGGAGGCCGAGGCUGGAAGAUUGCUUAAGGCCAGGAGCUCGAUACCAGCCUGGGCAAGAUAGCGAGACCCCGACUCUACAAAUUAAAAAGAGGAAAACUCGAGCCAGAAGAAUGAGGGGUAGAUUCGGGGUGGGACUCCCAGGCAGCUUGGGGUGUCCUAAAGCCGAUAGAAUCGAAGUUAGAUGCGAGGGAGCACGUGUAGCUGCCUAAAGCGUGAAGGUCCGAGCUUCAGGCUGGCUUCCAAGUGGCCCUUCCCGCAGGCAGCUUGGGAUGCAGCUGGGAGGACGAAGAGUGGGCUCGGGGAGGGACUUCCAGCUGGCCUCGGGAACCCAGGCCAGCCUGAGGGCGUAGGCACAGCCGGACGCACGGAGGGGGCGCCCCAGAGGGGUUGCUCGAGCGCCCGUCACACAGGGCCAGGGGGCGUGGUCUGAGUGGGCGUGUCACGGGCGGGGUCUGCGGUCGCUUCCCGCCCCCACCCUCAGUCCCAGCGCCCGCCAGACCUGCCGGAGUUGGACCCGAGCGCGCCGCGGAGCCCGGACCCUCCCUCGAACUCUCUGCCCCGGCCAUGGCGUCGUUGCUGUCACUCCUCUGUGUCUGUGUCGCCGCCGCUCACCUGGCCGGGGCCCGAGACGCCACUUCCACCGAGGAGCCCACGGCGAUUGCAUUGGGCCUGGAAAGAACGUCCGUGCACCCCGGGCAGCCCUCACCGGCCCUGGAAGACUGGGAAGAGGCCAGCGAGUGGACAUCCUGGUUCAACGUGGACCACCCCGGAGGCGACGGCGACUUCGAAAGCCUAGCCGCCAUCCGCUUCUACUACGGGCCAGCGCGCGUAUGCUCGCGACCGCUGGCGCUAGAAGCGCGCACCACGGAUUGGGCCCUGCCUUCCACCGUCGGCGAGCGCGUGCACUUGAACCCCACGCGCGGCUUCUGGUGCCUCAACCGCGAGCAACCGCGUGGCCGCCGCUGCUCCAACUACCACGUGCGCUUCCGAUGCCCACUAGAGGCCGCGUGGGGCGCGUGGGGCCCGUGGGGUCCCUGCUCGGGGAGUUGUGGGCCAGGGCGUCGCUUGCGCCGCCGCCACUGCCCAAGCCCCGCUGGGGAUGCGUGUCCCGGACGUCCUCUAGAGGCGCAGAAGUGCGUGCGGCCUCGGUGUCCAGGGUGCAGCCUUGACACCUGUGAGUGCCCAGACCAUAUCCUCCUGGGCUCAGUGGUCACUCCAUCCGGACAACCGCUGCCAGGAGCUAGGGUCUCCCUGCGAGACCAGCCUGGCACCGUGGCCACCAGCGAUGCUCAAGGAACCUUCCAGGUGCCUGGUGUCUGUGCUGACAGCCUUGCCAAUGUCAGGGCCCAGAUGGACGGCUUCUCUGCAGGUGUGGCCCAGGCCCAGGCCAACGGAUCCAUCUCUGUGGUCACCAUCAUCCUUGAUAAGUUGGAGAAGCCAUACCUGGUGAAGCACCCUGAGUCCCGAGUGCGAGAGGCUGGCCAGAAUGUGACCUUCUGCUGCAAAGCCUCUGGGAUCCCUAUACCCAAGAAAUACUCCUGGUUCCACAAUGGGACCCUGCUGGACAGGCGAGCACACGGGUACGGGGCCCACCUGGAGCUCCGAGGGCUGCACCCAGACCAGGCUGGCAUCUACCACUGCAAGGCAUGGAACGAGGCAGGUGCCGUGCGCUCUGGCACCGCGUGGCUCACUGUACUUGCUCCAGGCCAACCAGCCUGUGAUCCCCGGCCCCGAGAGCACCUGAUCAAGCUCCCUGAGGACUGUGGUCAGCCAGGCAGUGGCCCUGCCUACCUGGAUGUGGGCCUCUGCCCUGACACCCGCUGCCCAAGCCUGACAGGCUCUGGCCCCCGCUGCGGGGACACCGGCUCCCACUGCUGCUCUGUGCGCCGCCUGGAGAGAAGGGAGAUCCACUGCUCUGGCUACGUCCUCCCGGUGAAGGUGGUGGCCGAGUGUGGCUGCCAGAAGUGUCUGCCCCCCCGGGGACUGGUCCGGGGCCGUAUUGUGGCUGCUGACUCUGGGGAACCGCUGCGCUUCGCCAGGAUUCUGCUGGGCCAGGAGCCCAUCGGCUUCACCGCCUACCAGGGCGACUUCACUCUAGAGGUGCCUCCUUCCACCCAGCGGCUGGUGGUGACUUUUGUGGACCCCAGCGGUGAGUUCAUGGACACUGUCCGGGUCUUGCCUUUUGACCCUCGAGGUGCUGGCGUGUACCACGAGGUCAAGGCCAUGCGGAAGAAAGCCCCAGUCGUCUUAGAUGCCAGCCAGAGCAACACGAUUCCCCUGGGCGAGCUGGAAGAUGAGGCGCCCCUGGGCGAGCUCGUCCUGCCUUCCGGCGCCUUCCGCAGAGCCGACGGCAAACCCUAUGCGGGGCCCGUGGAGGCCCGGGUGACGUUCGUGGACCCCCGAGACCUCACCUCCGCGGCGGCCGCCCCCAGUGACCUGCGCUUCGUGGACAGCGACGGCGAGCUGGCUCCGCUGCGCACCUACGGCAUGUUCUCCGUGGAUCUCCGCGCGCCCGGCUCCGCGGAGCAGCUGCAAGCAGGGCCAGUGGCCGUGCGGGUGGCCGCCAGCCAGAUCCACAUGCCCGGCCAUGCAGAGGCCCUCAAACUGUGGUCGCUGAACCCCGAGACCGGCUUGUGGGAGGAGGAGAGCAACUUCCGGCGCGAGGGGUCCUCGGGCUCCCGGGUGCGCCGGGAGGAGCGAGUCUUCCUGGUCGGCAACGUGGAGAUCCGGGAGCGGCGCCUGUUCAACCUGGACGUGCCCGAGCGCCGCCGCUGCUUCGUGAAGGUGCGCGCCUACGCCAACGACAAGUUCACCCCCAGCGAGCAGGUGGAGGGCGUGGUGGUCACGCUGGUCAAUCUGGAGCCCGCCCCCGGCUUCGCCGCCAACCCUCGCGCCUGGGGGCGCUUCGACAGCGCAGUCACCGGCCCCAACGGCGCCUGCCUCCCCGCCUUUUGCGACGCCGACCGGCCGGACGCCUACACCGCCCUGGUCACCGCCACCCUGGGCGGCGAGGAGUUGGAGCCCGCCCCUUCCCUGCCCCGCCCGCUCCCGGCCACCGUGGGUGUCACCCAGCCCUACCUGGACAGGCUGGGGUACCGGCGCACGGACCACGACGACCCCGACUUCAAGCGCAACGGCUUCCGCAUCAACCUCGCCAAGCCCAGGCCGGGCGACCCCGCCGAGGCCAAUGGGCCUGUGUACCCGUGGCGCAGCCUGCGGGAAUGCCAGGGGGCCCCGGUGACCGCCAGCCACUUCCGCUUCGCCAGGGUGGAGGCGGACAAGUACGAGUACAACGUGGUCCCCUUCCGCGAGGGCACGCCCGCCUCCUGGACUGGCGAUCUCCUGUCCUGGUGGCCCAACCCGCAGGAGUUCCGGGCCUGCUUCCUCAAGGUGAAGAUCCAGGGCCCCCAGGAGUACAUGGUCCGCUCCCACAACGCGGGGGGCAGCCACCCGCGUACCCGGGGCCAGCUCUACGGGCUUCGGGAUGCCCGGAGCGUGCGAGACCCCGAGCGUCCAGGUACCUCGGCGGCCUGCGUGGAGUUCAAGUGCAGCGGGAUGCUGUUUGACCAGAGGCAAGUGGACAGGACGCUGGUGACCAUCAUGCCCCAGGGCAGCUGCCGGCGCAUGGCCAUCAACGGGCUCCUUCGGGAUUACCUGGCCCGGCACCCCCCACCGGUGCCCGCGGAGGACCCGGCUGCCUUCUCCAUGCUGGCCCCGCUAGACCCUCUGGGCCACAACUACGGUGUCUACACGGUCACUGACCAGAGCCCACGGCUGGCCAAAGAGAUCGCCAUUGGCCGCUGCUUCGACGGUUCUUCCGACGGCUUCUCCAGGGAGAUGAAGGCUGACGCCGGCACAGCUGUCACCUUCCAGUGCCGGGAGCCACCGGCCGGACGACCCAGCCUCUUCCAGAGGCUGCUGGAGUCCCCGGCGACAGCCCUUGGUGACAUCCGCAGGGAGAUGAGUGAGGUGGUGCAGGCACAGGCCUGGGCCUCGGGUCCCCUCCGCACCCGCCGGGGCAGGGUCCGACAGUGACCUGGGCCUGGGGCCUCGCUUUCCUGCCUCCCUCUGGACUCCACCGUCCCCAGGAAGUUUUGCCCCUCCUUCUUCUUCAGACAGCCCCCUCCCCAGGUGUCUGGCCCCCCUUCCUCCUCCCCUGCCCAGAACUGAGUCAGACAAGAACCUGGAGCGUCCGAUGGUAGAAACACCAGGGAGGUGAUUGCUGCUGUGUGGCAUGGAACGGAGUUUGCUGUGACCCUGGCGUCAGCACCCUGGGGACCACGUGCAACCCCAGCCUGGAGGGACCCGCUCCCGGCUCAGAAGCCGUCUCUGACUUCUCGUGCGUAUUUUGACCCUGCCUUCAGUAUUCUACCCUUGGGAGUUCUGACGUUCCUCACAAAGCCCCCUCUGCCUGCGGACUCAGCGCUAGACCAGGUCCCCUGCCCCGAGCUUUGUUUUUGGGGUUAUUUAUUGAAACAAAGCGUGGGGAGCUGGUUGUGGGUGUGAGUGGGGGUGCAGGGUCCACGCUGGGCCCAGUGAAAAGGAGGAAGGGGCUUCUUGGGCUUCCCAUGCGGGGGAGGCUCUGGGGCUGAGGGGAACAAUUCUCUCGUGUUUGGUGCUUAGAGACCUGCCCGGGGGCUGGGGUGGAUGUUCCCUCCCUCGGGGGCUCAAUUAAAAUUGCUUUAUUU